AUGGUUACCCUUACCGAGGUCGAGGACGAGCACUUCCAGCACAGCCAGGCUGGUCCCGAGGUCGAGGAGGACGACGAGGAUUACUCGGAUACUGAUUCCGAGAUUUCUAACGAAUCCGACUACGACCCUUCAGAUGAGACUCUCGCUGAGCGAUUAUAUGCGCUGCGCGAUAUCGUACCUCCCACUACUCGCUCUUGGAUCUCCGGCAAGGCCAGCACCGUUAGCAAUGCCGCCUGGAGCGUUCUCUCUUUCAGCGGCAAGGGUGCUUGGGUGAUCACCACCUCGGCCCUCUUCUUCGGUGUUCCUUUCGCCCUGUCCUUCGCCGAGGACCAGCAGCUCACUGCCAUGGAGCAAGAGUACAACAUGCGACAAAGCGGUAGCGACCUUUUGACCGCUGGCUCCGAGCAGAGCACCGCCGAUCAGGUUGGCGCAGCUCUCGAGGGCAAGCCCGCUCAGCCUUCUCUGUAA